AUGUCCUCUAACCCAAGUCCCGACUCCUCGCCGCCCACCAGGAAGUUCGGAAAGCAGAUCCAAAGGCGCCAGCUCGACCUUCCCGAAUAUGCUGUUAGUUUUCUCAACUACAAGGCGCUUAAGAAGCUCAUCAAACAACUAAGCGCAACGCCCACUAUCCCCGCCCAGAGUUCCUCAGCGGAUCCCGUCCCGGAGAUUGUCGACCCCCAGGCUGCUCUUCGUGCGAAUAAGGAUGUCUUCUUCUUCCGUGUGGAACGAGAAAUUGAGAAAGUGAAUGUUUUUUAUCUUCAAAAGGAAGCAGAGUUCACGUUACGCCUCAAAACGCUUCUCGAUAAAAAGCGGCUGAUACAGUCGAAAAAAUGGGUUACCAAUUCAAAGGCUCCAGCAAACUUUGUCACCCUCUUCGAAGGUCUUCAGCAAUUUGAUGGAGACCUGAACAAACUUCAACAAUUCGUCGAGGUCAACGAAACAGCCGUUUCCAAAAUUUUGAAAAAG